ACGGGCCAGCAUGUCAAACACUAACAAUAAUCAUGGGCUUCAGCAGCAGCGACUCACUCACAUCCUAAGACACUAACGAAUCUCUGGGACAUUUUGACGGCGUGCGGGCGAAUCAAAGUUGGAGCGGGCUCGCCAAAUGGACGUCGAUGGACUGGAAUGAAACCUAUACUUCUAUCGGACUGAAGGAAGGAGGGAAAGAAACCUCUGCAUGUUCAAGUUUCCUGCUCCAACCAGAGGGGCAUCGGUGCGCGCGUGGUGGAUGUGGGUGCGUGUGUGGAAGUGUGUGUUGGAUGAGUGUGUGUGCGUACCCGCAGGACCAGGAGCGGCGGCAGUGGUGGUGGUGGUGGCCGCGGGAAGAUAAGUUUAGCGCCGUGAUUUUUCCUCUUGCCCUCUGUUCUGUUGUGUUGCUUUCCAAGUCACACCAGGGGACGGGAGGAUUAACGUUUCCCUGAUGAAAAUUGAUCAUCCGUGGAGGGACUCUGUGAUCGUGACUAUGAUGAUGAUGUCGAGUAAGAGCGUGGAGUGGCUGCAGGAGGAGCUGGAGUCCGGGGCCAGCUCCCUGCUGCUGCUGGACUGCAGACCCCAUGAGCUGUACGAGUCCUCGCACAUCGAGUCGGCCAUCAACCUGGCCAUCCCGGGCCUCAUGCUCCGGAGGCUGAAGAAGGGCAACCUCCCCAUCCGCUCCAUCAUCCCCAACAACGAGGACAAGGAGAAAUUUGUCAAGCGGUGCAAGACGGAUGUGGUGGUUCUGUAUGACGAGGCGACCACGGAGCGGCAAGAGUCCGGGCUGGGGAGCUCCGUUCUGGGGCUGCUCCUGCAGAAACUGCGGGACGACGGGUGCAAGGCUUUCUAUCUGGAAGGUGGCUUCAACAAAUUCCAGUCAGAGUACCCCGAGCACUGCGAGACCAAUUUGGACUGCUCCUGUCCCAGCAGCUCCCCACCAGCCUCUGUCCUCGGUCUGGGAGGACUCCGCAUCAGCUCCGACUGCUCGGACGGGGAGUCUGACCGAGAGCCGGGCAGCGCCACAGAGUCAGAGGGCAGCCCGCUCCCCAACAACCAGCCAGCAUUUCCCGUCCAGAUCCUGCCGUACCUUUACCUUGGCUGUGCUAAAGACUCCACCAACCUGGAUGUGCUUGGCAAGUACAACAUCAAGUACAUCCUCAACGUGACGCCCAACCUGCCCAACAUGUUCGAACACGAAGGGGACUUCAAGUACAAACAGAUCCCCAUCUCCGAUCACUGGAGCCAGAACCUCUCUCAGUUUUUCCCAGAGGCCAUUUCAUUCAUUGACGAGGCGCGCUCAAAAAAGUGCGGCAUCCUGGUGCACUGCCUGGCCGGGAUCAGCCGCUCAGUUACCGUCACGGUGGCCUACCUGAUGCAGAAGCUUAACCUGUCGCUCAACGACGCAUACGACUUCGUCAAGCGGAAAAAGUCCAACAUUUCCCCAAACUUCAACUUCAUGGGCCAGCUGCUAGACUUUGAGCGGACGCUGGGCCUCAACAGUCCCUGCGACAACCACUCGACCUCCCCGACGCACGAGCAGCUCUUCUUCACCACCCCGACCAACCACAAUGUGUUUCAACUGGACACGCUGGAGUCCACAUGAAAAUAAUACGGGGGACUGUCCCUUUUUUUUGCGGGGUCAAGGUGGUGUUGUUACCAUGGUAACAAGCGGCUGCACUGGAGGGAAGCAGCCUGUUUUAAUGAAUGUUUUAGCCUCCCAAGGCGGGUCAUCUAAGAGCCUGGCCACGGAGCAGCGUUGGAGGGACGGGGAAGGUCACAGAUGCCACGGUAAAGGGGAAGGGGAGCUUUUUAACCCAGAGAUGGGGAACUGACAGACAGGUUUAUGAUGGCGUCCUCCUCAGAGUUGAUUGAAAUCGAGGGAGGAAAACCCCCCCGAUCAACGUGUCUACUAACGAAGAACUGAGGAGACUUAACUGACUGAGAAACUGACCGGCACAGACAGCUUCAUAAAAAGAUAGGAACACAGAAAAAUCUACAGCGUUAAUUCAUGAGACGACAAAGUCCUCUCUGUCUUUCUGUCUCGUCUCCUCGAGCAGGGCUGACUGGUGCCAAGUGGAGAAUCUGGGAUUUACCUAGGAAAUCUUGCUCUACUGAAUGUAGAGUUUUAUAAACCAAGGAAUGAACACACACAUAAACAAAGUAUGUAUGUUUGUACUGUAUGUAUGUUAAACGUACAUAGAAAAUGUAUGGGCAGUCCUUAACAAAUUCAGUAUGUCUAUAUGCAUUUAUGUAUAUUUUUGUGUACAUUUACACACAAAUCUAUACCUUUAUAUAAAUAUAUACGUAUAGAAAUCUUAUCUAUCCAAUCCAAUAAUGGCUUAAGAGAAUGUAAAACUAAAGAAGAGGAAUGGGUGUGGUGACGCCAACAAAGAGAAACGUUGUGAUAUUCCUAGUUGUCUUCUUUUUUUGUUAAGUCUGGUUUUUAUUUUAGAUUUGUAAUGACCUUAUGCAGUUUGCACAGUGGUGUAGCCAUUGACUUGUUGGCACUUGGAGACAGUGCUUGGAAGCAGGCAGAUAAAGAGACAUUCAGAGAAGAGGAGCAGAGAGGCCAGUCCCAGGCUGCGAUGAGUCCCGACAGCUGCACAGUGGAGUUGGGAGGGAAC